AUGAUGCGGAAGAAUUACAAUCUCAUGCUACAGUUGCACAUGUGUUUGUGUAUUAGACAUUUAUUGCUAGAAAUAUGUCGUUUUAGGACAUUUAUUGUUGCAUUAAUUUAUAAUUAAUGAUAUAAGUGAAAUGACAAAUUGCUUAAAGACUACGAUUUCUGCUUUUGGUUGAGCUUGGUAAACAGUAACGUAUUUGAACAGUGUUAGCUAGCUAGCAACAAUGUUAUAGUGUGUUAUGGUGUCACACUGAUUCAUUGAGCACAUGAAACAUUUGUAGCACUGACACGUCACAUAACUGGACAGUCUUAUCUACCAUGACUAUGACGGAGGAAGCACCGAGUGUCCCUGAGUGCUACAUCUCAGAACAUGAAGGGUUCUAUGGAACCAUCAAGAACUUCACCAGAGACUUUGUAGUCACAGAGAUAGACAUCCAUGGCCAGAUGGUCACUAAACCCAGUGUAUCUGAUGUUCCUCAAUCAUCCAUCAUUACUGAGGCAUGUCCAGGUGCCAAGUCUGAAGGAAAGACUAAUAUUAUUAGCCCAAAACAUCAACACAUCCUCAAAGAAGAGAAUUCAGAACCUGGACCCGGUCAGAAUGGUGACAUCACAUCCACCGCCAGCCAAGACUGUUUUGACCUGAGCAUAAUACUGGGUCAGGCUGUCUGUGAAGAGCUAGAGCAGUUCACUGCUUUAUUGAGAGAGAUGUCAUCAAGUCCCAAUGAUGGCGUUGAGAAGAAGCUGGCCAACCAAGAAUCAUCCAAUGGCAGUGAGAAGACGAUGGCCAAUCAAGAGUUAUCCCUGGGUUCAUUCCCAGACAAACACCAAAGGGCUAAUGUCCACCGCGCUGUCCGACACAGCUUUCCCUUCCUGUUGACAGUAACCAACCAAUCAGAGAUCAGGGUUAAGGAGGACCCUGACUUUAAGCUCCUAUCAGGUUUGGUCUCUGAGGCGGAGACCGAAGACUUUAUCAGGUUCAUCGACACCAAGAUGCCUAAUUCUGUGUACACAUUCAGGAGUGAUGACAGUAAGGAGCACAGGACGGCAGUGCACCACUUCCUCAGUAGACGGUUUGGUAAACUGGUGGAGACCAAGAGCUUCAGUGACCAGCAGCAGAAGACUACGGCCAUUACGGUCCGGUUGAGAGAAAAAGGGAAACCCAGGAAGAGGACGGCUGAUGACAGUAAAGAGGAAGAGGUCUAUACAGCGUUCACUCUGAGGAAGGAGAACCUAGAGACUCUGGAGGCUAUCAGCUACAUGGCAGCUGUCCUGGGGGUGCUGCCCUCUGACUUCACCUACGCUGGCAUCAAGGACAAGAGGGCUGUCACCUACCAGUCCAUGGUGGUCAAGAAGAUCUCACCACAACGGCUGAGAGAGAAGGCCAGUGAGUUUGAGAAGAGGGGGGUGGUCCUCUCCUCCGUCCGCUCCGUCUCUGAGCCUCUUCAUCUGGGUAGACUCCAGGGGAACCACUUUGACCUGGUGGUACGGGAUCUGAGGCCACACCAGGGUCAUGGCACACUGAUGGAGCUGGACUCACUGGUGCAGGAGGCUGUAGAGAACGUAAAGGUCAAGGGGUUUGUGAACUACUAUGGACCUCAGAGGUUUGGGACUGGACAGAGUGUUCAGUCUGACCGCGUCGGACUGGCCCUGCUCAAAGAGGAAAUGGUGGCAGCUGUCCGUCUGUUUUUCACACCAGAAGAGGGUGAUGAUCCUCAGAGCGUUGCCAAGAGACACUUCCUCCAGACUGAUAAUGCCAAGGAGGCCCUGUCUCUGAUGCCCAUGUCCAAGGCCAGAGAGAGGAUGAUGCUGAGGGCCCUACAUCGCUAUGGGACGGGCCCAGAGGGCUGCACACGUGCCUGGCUCAGCCUACCCCAUGGGAUGAGGGUCUUCUACCCCCACGCAUACUGCAGCCGGGUCUGGAACGAGGCGGCUGCACACAGGCUGACCACGCUGGGCCACAGGGCCAGGCAGGGAGAUCUGGUCUGGAAGCAGAGGAGAGAGGAGGGGAUAGAGGCGGGAGAAACCAGCUUACCUCAGAUUCAUGUUGUUACUGCUGCAGAGGAGGAGGAGGAAGUCUACUCACUAGGACAGGUGGUUCUUCCCAUGCUUGGCAACACUGUGAAGUACCCAGAGAACCCUAUAGGGGGCUGGUACCAGGAGAGACUGGCGAGGGAUGGACUACAGAGUUGUCGUUUCAGAGUCACUCCUCUCAAACUGAACCUCCCUGGCUGCUACCGCCCCUUACUGGCCAUCCCACAUAGCCUGACCUACAGGCUGGAGCAGGGCCAGAGAGCUGGGGAGAGGCAACAGGAUUUGACCUUGAACUUUGACCUGGACUCUUCCUGCUACGCCACCAUCUGCCUCAGAGAGGUCAUGAAAUGUGACCCUUAAACUGGAGUCUCAGAUGUUGUAUGUACUACUGUAUGUACAGUAUUUUGAUUAAUAUUGUACUUUGUACACAGUAUGGCCUCUUGUGUACAUGUAGGGUACUGCUACAGUAUUGUGUUUUGUACACAUUAUGACCUCUUGUGUACAUGUAGGGUACUGCUACAGUAUUGUGUUUUGUACACAUUAUGACCUCUUGUGUACAUGUAGGGUACUGCUACAGUAUUGUGUUUUGUACACAUUAUGACCUCUUGUGUACAUGUAGGGUACUGCUACAGUAUUGUGUUUUGUACACAUUAUGGCCUCUUGUGUACAUGUAGGGUACUGCUACAGUAUUGUGUUGUGUACACAGUAUGGCCUCUUGUGUACAUGUAGGGUACUGCUACAGUAUUGUGUUGUGUACACAUUAUGGCCUCUUGUGUACAU